ACAGGGGAAAAAAACAGGGCAAUUAUGAAGCCAACAAGUCCUGUCUUUAAUGCAACUCAUCUUUAUGAGUCAACAAGACAUGGUAUGAAAUCCGAGUAUUGUAUAGAAGAAGACGAUAUCUAUUAUGUUACUAUCGCAAACUUGAACACAAUCAACACUAUUAGCACAACAAUAUCCAUAAACGUCGCAUCCAAAAUGUACGAUAUCACGAAAGCAGAUAGAACUUGUGAUUCAUCGUCUAGCGGAUCAUGUCGAUUUCAUCUCGGUUUUGCUUUCCCCACCAACAAAUUCUUUGUCCUUGUAUCCCCAUCCCCAUAUGAUGGCGGUGACGACGACGACGGUUGGUAUGUUGAGCUCUCUUUCAUUGCUCGGCUUGUAACCUACAUAGCCAUUCUAGGAUUUGUCGUGAUUGUUGCUUUGUUAAUACUAAGAUAUUUUGGAGCUUGCAAUUUAGAGACGGAUGAGGAAAAUUAUAAUGUGCAUACAACUUCGGCAAGUGUAUCAACGGAGGUGGAUCCUUUGAUUCCAGAUAAGACUUAUAGGGUACCCUACGGGACAAGAGUAGAGGAUGAAGAUGAUGACGAAGGAUCGUCUAGUUCUGGGGAGGACUUGUAUGAUGGGAAGAUUUGUGUGAUUUGUUACGAUAUGAUGCGCAAUUGCUUCUUCGUGCCUUGUGGGCAUUGUGCAACAUGUCAUAAUUGUGCAUUGAGGAUCAUGGAAGGGGAGACAAGGGUAUGUCCAAUUUGUAGAAGGUUGAUUCACAAAGUAAGGAAGUUGUUAAUUCCUUAGGUGUAAAUUCAUUAACAAUAUUUUUUUUAGAUAACCAAAAUAUUGAAAUAUGAGUUUUUAUUAAUUGAUAUUGAACAUGAAUUUGAUUUGAUUUAAAUGUGAUUGAGCCAAAAUUUUAGCAGCAAUUCACCUUUAUUGUGAAAAAAAUUAUCUUUUAUAAUUCAAUUCAUGUGAUAAUUAAGUCAAUUUUACU